UCGUAUGCACUAGAACGGAAAAUCUUUUAAUAUUUCUAAUAUUUAAACAGUCUUUCACUUGAAAACUGAACGAACAAUGAGUUUUCACAAGAUAGAUACUCUACCGAAUAUCGAUUCUGUAUCGAUGUGUCGACUUUGUCUCAGCUGUGGCCCAGCUCAGUACGUAUCGCUACACGCUCUGCAUCAAGGUGUACCCCUCACUAAAAUUAUCAGACUUUGCUUUGGAAUUAAGAUCCCCCGAAAUGAAGGACUGGCACAAACCGUGUGCAACAUUUGCUGGAACGAGGUGAUAAAGUACAACGAGCUACGGAAAAAAUAUCUCGCCUCGGAUAAAAUUCUUCGUGAAGCACAAAGGAAUAAAUGCGCAUUACAAAAUGGACCUAACGAUCAACGAUUAGUUCUUCCUUCUAAACCUAAGGAGGAAUCCGCAGAAAUAGAUUCAAUUAUGUCUAGUCAUCAGCGUGGAAUAUUAGACCCAUCAGACGAGCAUUUUAGUAUGAACCAUCAAGACUACGAAAAUCAACUUGUUGUACUAUCGCCGCUUGUUCGGAUCGAUCAUAAUGUCUCUGAACAACCCGGCACAGAUAAACCCAUCCAUACAGAUAAGUCUGAGCAAACCGAUUCGUCUAAAAUUGAAAAAGAAAUGCUUGACACUAAACAUUUCUGCUGUGGUUGCAAUCCCUCGCCAGAAUUUACAAGUGCGCAAGAACUAAAUACCCACUGCAAUCUAGAACACAAAAAGUACCGUAUCUCGGAUAAUUCAAUCCGUCCCUUCGAAUGCAACACGUGCUACCAACGUUUUUUAACCGAGACACUUCUUGAGCACCAUAAAAAUCGACCCAAUCGGAAGAGAUCGUACAUUUGUAGAUCGUGUUCCGCGGCUUACUUCACAAAUUCAGCCUUAAAGCGGCACGAAAACAUGUGCACGGUCAUGGAUAAGAACUAUAUCUGCGAAGACUGCGGCAAACGAUUUCGGCAAAUCAUUACACUAAAAAACCACCGCAAACUGCACAAAACCGAGAAAACCUUUUCGUGUUCCGUGUGUUCGAAGGCUUUCAAACAAAAGUUUGAGCUUCCCAUCCACAUGGUAACGCACACUGGUGAGCAACCAUUUCCAUGUGAUCAGUGUCCGGCUAGGUUCAAGCGAAAGCAAGCGCUCAAAAACCAUCAGCAUCGCCAUGUAAAUCCGCGGCCAUUCAAAUGUGAUGCAUGUGACGAGUGGUUUGGCAAUCCUACAGCCCGAAAAUAUCAUCACCAAACGGUACAUGAAGGACUUGACCCUUUCCGCUGUGAUCAGUGCGGGUUAAGCUAUGGGCGAAGGGUGCGACUUAAGCAGCACAUGAAGAAAAUGCACGGAGAAGCUGUAGACGGAGAGUAAAAGGUAUCGAGGCUAUAUAAAUUGGGAAAAGCAGUUUCCUUGGUAUCGCUGAUGUGCCUACUCUAUUAUACCAUCCUCAAUUUCAUUGGAUUCCAUCCGCGACGUAUCGCAAAUAAUUAUAGUAAAAAUUAAACUAUAGAAUAGCAAAACUGGUAUAGAUAAUUAGCGAAAAGGAAUUUGCUAUCGCAUUUUGGAAAUUUGAGUCUGAAACGAAUUUAAGGUGUUGCUCAAAGCAACUAUUUAGAAUACGUGGUACUUUUGUCAAGCAUAUAUACAGUCUUGGAUUAGUCAUCGAGCUCCAUUGGUAAAUCAAAUAUCUUGUAAUAUUGUCUAUUAUAUAAGAUAGAUUUAAACUCCCAACCAUACUAUUGAGUAGGAGUCAGACAGGCUAGAAUCGACAACAUUGUAGCAACGGCUAGGUAUAUAUUAAUUAGGUUUGAAUAUGUUUAAUCUGCUGAUCGGCACAUUAUUUAAAAAAAAUACCAUUAUACCGUAGAGAAAAAGCUAAAAUAUUCCACAACUCAUUAAAAUCUCCCCCAUCAUUCUCUACACAAUUCAAAUUCUUGUUCAUGUCAGAGAGAAACAUGUUUAAAAUUUGUGGAUUUAAUGUCUACAUGCGCUGUAAAACGUUACCAGAUAAAGUUUGGUACAAAAAUGUAAUAUCUUCGACUAAAACCAUCAAUUUAUCUUCAAUAUACGAAUGCUUCCA